UUCAGGUGCUUACCCAUUGCAAAGCACACUGUUCCAUAUACAGAGUGACUUCGACAUAUCAGCCUACAACCAACAGUACAAUUAUGAACAAACUGCAAGCCCUGCACAGCUGAGAUCAAAGAAGACCUCUACAAAGCCAUACCAGUGUAAAUUAUGCCUGAAAGCAUUCAGAGAGCUACGGAAUUAUAAAUAUCACAUGAAUAUCCAUACUGGAGAAACCCCAUAUGCUUGUGAUAUAUGUAACAAGGCAUUCAAGAACCCUGGCAACUUAAGACAACAUAAGUUAAAACAUUUAAAUAAACAGGACAGUGUCAUUUGAAAUAGUUAAACAGGAACUGGUUAUUUUAUAAGCAUAUCUUCUUGUAUGAACCAUAAGCUAAGGUCGAUAAAAAUGAUUUUUAAAUAAAGAUGGAAUGGUAAUCGAUCUGUGUUUAUUUUUAAUUAUUCUCAGAGAUAAUACUGGAUUCUGUUUGUGCUUCCAUCUUUAUAUCGGCUCAGAACCUAUGGUAUGAACCAUGCAUAACGAAGCACUGAAAUUUAAAAUUUAUUUUAGAAUAAAAAUUACUUCCGAAAAUGUCCAAUCAGGGAUAAAAUAUGCAUUUACAACAAUUUUUAUUGCUCUUAAUAAUUGUUAUUUAUUUUCUAAUUGACUCAUAUUAAAAUGGGUAAUUAUGGCUUGAAAUUGUUGAAAUAUAUGAUGGACAUUGUAAGCAUAAUGCAAGUCA